ACAGAUCGAAUUGUACCACCGCAGGCAAAAAGGAACGAAAAAUAAUUUUCAAAYUGGGGUGUCGCASUUGCGGUUSAUGGAUGAUGCCCRAGUUGCCAUUGCUUGUUUACAAGAAUAAUAYUGUAUUGACACAGUUGUCUKUUCCGUCCUAAUCAACAAAAAGCACAAUGCGAAGCAGCAUCGGGUCUCGCUUCCGGCUUAUUCGGAGACGAAUCGAUGCCUCCGACUACCUGCAUGGCCGUCACCGUCACUGUCACCGCCGAUCCUUUGCGAUCUAUGGUGUCGGCGAAGGAUGGACGGGUGCGCUGACGCGCCAACACAUCUUCAAGUCGAUUCCCGGUCAAUUCGACGAGGAAGGAGCGGGCUUCGACGGCGAAAGGGAUCCGGAAGAAAGACCCCACCGGACCGGCAGCGACGACGGGACAUCGCUCGAGUGGCUGUCUCCCCCCGCCUCCCCCCGGCCGGUUCUGAUCUACGAACACGACGACGUCCAGCGCGCCGCCGCCGGGUGGGGCGUCAGCGCCUUCCUGGACACGCGGGGUGCCCUCCGGGUCGUAGGCCGGCCCCACGACCUCGUGUCGCUGCUGCGGCUGAACCGCAUGCCCGGGCUGCUCCAGCGGUGGAUCAAUCGAAACCACGACACGAGUGCGACCACUCCCGUCGGAACGAUGGUUUCGAGCCUGAUCGGGUGGGCCACGGGAAGCCUGGGCGGGGUGCCCGGAGACAACGAGAGGUGGAAGGUAGCGGAGCAAUUCUCGCUCCUGGACGACUGGACCAGGGUGGAGGUCAACCACAGCGGCGGUACGAAGAUAGGAAAGACGGCUGGUGAAUUCGACACGACGAGAAUCAAACAACUGGCCUGUGGRCCUGGUUUCCUCGCUAUGAUCUCGGAAUGCGGUUCCCUGUAUACAAUGGGGGUGAACAACCGAGGCCAGUGCGGGACAGGUGCUAUCAGCAACAACGUUUGGACGCCCCAAGCGGUAAGGGGGUUGUCGAUGACGUCGUUGAACAUAGGAGGAGGAGACAAAAUUAGCGACAAAAUGGCCUCCGAACAGGAUCARCCGAUGGUGCAGGUUUGUUUGGGCUUCCAGCACGGCUAUGCUCUGUCACGAGACGGGCAGGUGUACAGCUGGGGCAAAGCYUCGCGUGGUCAGCUGGGACGAACCGUGGACUCGGAUCAAGACCCGUGGGCACGGCCAAUCCAGUUCGAUAACGCCGACGGCAAUCCGCGAGUAGUAGCCAUUGGGGCCGGGUUUCACCACGGUGCGCUGCUGACCGAAGACAACGAGGUUUUUGUCUGGGGAAAAAACAUGGUUCGCAACGCCGGCGAAGAAGACGACGCCAAUUCCGAUGGUGGUGACGAGCAGCCCGUUGAUCCAUCGGACGCACGAACGCCA